GUCACCUGGAGGCGCGCGCGGUCGCUUUAGCGGAAGUCACUGAGGUCAGGAACUGUUCCGUGCACGUGGAGCGCGGUUCGGUUCGGUUCGGCGGGAUGCAGAAAGGCCUGAAGAAGUACUUCGUGAACAUGGACGACUACCUGUCCAGUCUGGGUCUGUACCGGAAGAUGGUCGCGCGGGACGCGUCCAGCCUGUUCCGGGCCGUGUCCGAGCAGCUCUACUUCUCCCAGAACUACCAUCAGAAGAUCCGACUGGACUGCGCGAGCUUCAUGCGGGCCAACAGGUGCAACUUCGAGCCGUUCGUGGAAGGUUCCUUUGAGAAGUACCUGGAGCGCCUGGAGGAUCCCAAGGAGACUGUGGGUCAGGUGGAGAUCAAGGCUCUGUCUCAGCUGUACAGGCGGUGCUUCCUGAUCUACCGUUACCCCGGGAAACCGGCCACCAUCAUCUCAGAGAACGACUUUGAGGACAAGGUCACUCUGUGCUGCUCCAUUAACGGUCACUAUGACAUCAUCUAUGGGAGGAGCUACCCAGUUUCAGCGGCACUGUGCCAGUCUCUGCUCUACGAGCUGCUCUACACUCAGGUGUUCGGCGUGGAGGGGGCGGAGCUCUGGCAGGCCAUGGAGGCCUUCAGGGCCGGAGGUCGUCGCUAUAGAAACAGCCUGUCUGUGUGCAGCGACGUUGACGUGGGCUACGACGCGCCUGAGGACCGGGUGCACAGGGACGAGGCGGAGGCAGGCGGAGCGGCAGAGGACACCAAGCCGCCUGCUGAGACCCCGCCCACCUCCAGACUCUGUUUGCCGUACAAGGUCCUGAAGUCUCUGGACAGCGACGUCUACAGGAACCUGGAGUUUGACGUGUGGCAGGACACCUGCAAAGAGAUGCAGAAGACGGACUACAUGGUGUUCGCGGGUCGACAGUACUUCCUGGGAGACAAGUGUCAGGUCCGUCUGGAACCCAAAGGGAAAUUCUACAACGCCUUCAUCCAGGAAGUGGGAACCCACUCGGCGGCCGUCACCGUGUUUAUCGAGGAGCUGGGAGAGAAACACCUGGUUCCGCUGACGGAUCUGAAACCAGUCAACCCAGUUCCUGCCUGGAACGUGUCGGCGCCGGCCAGGAAGGGAGAUCCAGACCCAGAGUCUCGAGGUCAGCGGCAUCACCGCCAUCGUUACUUCAGAAAGUCCCGCGGUAGCAGCGGGGCAAAGGGGGUGGAGCUACUGAUGCCGCCACCCGUCUCCUAUGGAGGCCCCGCCCCUUCACCCCUUCCUCCCCGCUUCCAACCAGCGGGUCACCCUCGCCCACCCCUCCCCCCGUCACCAGGGGCCGUGACCUACGACCCUACGCCCCCCCAACACCACCCCCCUGCAGCAAGAGCCCCUCGCUACGGCGUGUCAAGUCCUGCUCGGUUCCUGAACCGUCAGCUGAUUGGUCCAGAGCUGACCUAUUACCACCCAGGCAGAAGAUAUUACCACGACUACGAGAACUACGCCUUCCGGUCCCGCCGCAGUCGGCGCCACCUGCUGGCCGUCAGUAAGGAAUGUCAGUUCGGGUUUCCCGCCGAGGCGGUGGAGGAAGCGGCCGACCUCGACCCGCCCAUGACCUUCUACCAGCUGGAGGACGCCGGCGACGCCGUGUUCCCCCCCCUGCAGGGCUCUGCGGUGGCUCCGCCCAUCGGGACCCCCUCACCGCCCUCAGGCUCCUCCUACCGGGUGCAGAGGGCCGCGGCGAGCCGCCCGCCGGCCUCCCCGCCCGGCGCCACCCCCGCCUGCUCCUCGGAGGACGACCAGGCGGACGCCAGCACCGUGGAGGACCAGAUCGAGUACGCAGAGGAGUACGUGUUCGGCGCCCAGGAUCAGAGCUACCAGCUGCCAGGUGUCUAUGCAGCCGAUGAGCCCGCCGCCACUCAGGACGAACAGGAAAGGGGUCUGACCAACUCUCCAAGCAGAUCAGACAUAUCCUACAGCUACACUCCGCAGGUGGUGAAGCCGCUGCCGGUCAUCUGCUCCUCCCCCUCCUCCUCCUCUUCCUCGCCUCCCUCGCCGUCCCGGGUCCCGGCCGCCCCUCACCUGCCGCCGGCCGCACACGUUCAGACUCGUCCAGUGUCCAUGACGAUAUCCGCUGCCGCACCCUGGUUGGUCAGCGAGUCGGGCGAGCCUCUGUGCACCGUGCUGGCUCCGCCCCCUUACUCCUAUGACCCAAAUGGCAGCGACUUACCCAGAGACUGCAGGAUCGUCCAGUACUACUACAACCUGGGAGUGCAGUGGUUCCACCAGAGCUGCUGCCAGCAGCAGGCCUACCCCCCCACCUCGCCGGAGCUGGCCUACCCCUAUCAGCACUACCCCCCUACCUGGCCCAGGAGCCCGCCCCCCACGGUGAGUCUGUUCUCCAGAACCGGGUCGUUUGGGCCAGAGCUCAACCCUCUGACACCAGAGUCGGCCGCCCCCCCUCCCUUCCCUGAGAGCAGCCGGGCCCAGCAGCCCCCCUCCUCCUACCCAGAAUCCUCCAGAGCAUCAGACGGCCAGGCCAGCGGCCCCGCCCCCACGGCGGAAGGACCCGCCUCCAUCAUGACCCCAGCGUCGCCAGGCUCCGCCACCUCAGGACUGCUGCACCCGGAUCAGACGACCCUUCCUGCCCCCGCUCUGCUGCACCUGCCAUUUGAAGCUCCGCCCCCUGCUGGCUACCUGCCAGCAGCGUCUCACCCCGCCCACCUGCCCCACUCCUCUUAUCAUCCUUGUGUUCCUCCUGCUGCCCACUGGGGAGCGCUGUCGACCUCGGGCCACGCCCCACGGGUCUACUGCACCGCCCCCAGUCCUCAUGUGGUCGGCUAUAUCACCGCCCCCCACCCUCACCACACCCCCACACACUACAUGCCCCCCUCCAUGUGAACGUUAGCUUGUGGCUAACGGUUCCCUUUGUUUUGAAUGGGCGGCGCUAGCUGGUUCAGGUUCAAAACUUGAGUUUAAAAUAAGUCACCUGACUGAGAUGUGCUAGGCUAGCAGCUGGCUAGCUGACAGCUAACUGCUAGCAUGGUUUUGUCUAACAUGUCUUCCAGUCACUUCCUGUUCAGAAGAUGGAGCAAUCAGAACUGGGUUGUUCUGAACAGCAGCCAAUCACAGUGGGGGGCGGGGCUAAGGGGCGGGGCUAGUCCCUCACCUUUUGAGGGAUUUCUUUGUGUUCAGUUCUGGUGCCGGUUUGUUUUGGGUGAAUAAAGUUCGUUCCACAGCAGAACCGGGUC